CCAGGUACAAGAUGACACCUGCUAAAUAUGUGUUCCGAGGAUAUCGAGAUAGCAUCUCUUUAGGUCUCUUUCGAUAUUCGCGAAGAAUAUUUUGGUCUGAAUAGAAUUGAACUGUGUCCGCGGCAAGUACAGGAUCUUGCCGAGCCUCUGAGGAAAGCCAGAUCUUUGCUGUAUAGCAAUUGGUAGCGCUACAGUCCAAAGGCAUAUCAGCGUCGGAGGAGCUUUUCAAGAAUGUCCAACAUGUCUCGACCUCCUCAGCGACCGAUUAAACGUCUCCUCGUCGCCAAUAGAGGAGAAAUCGCAACCCGCAUCCUCUGCUCAGCGCGCGAACUCGGCAUUGAAACGCACGCCAUCUACGUCUCUGGAGAUGCCUCUCACGCCGCAAGGGCUGAUCACGUGAUUGCUCUCGCUUCACCAUCGACUUUCAUGGAUAUCGAUUCCCUGAUUGAUAUCGUGAAGAAGCAUAAGAUUGAUGCAGUGCACCCGGGAUAUGGCUUCUUGUCCGAGUCGGAUGUGUUCGCCAAAAGGAUGUGGGAGGAGGCGAACGCGGUCGUCCUGGGACCAGGCUGGGGAGUGUUGGCGAGUACGGGGGAUAAGUUGAAGGCUAGGGCUUUGGCAGCGGAGUGCAAUGUCCCAGUCUCUCCAGCGCUGCACCAUCCCACCAACAAUGCAGAAGAGGUGCUUAACUUUGCCUCAAAAACCGGAUAUCCCAUUAUGGUCAAAGCUAUUGACGGUGGAGGCGGCCGUGGCAUCCGUCUCAUCCUGGACGAGGCUUCUCUGCCUGCCGCGGUAAAAAGAGCAGUCGAGGAGAGUCCGUCGAAGCAGGUUUUCGCCGAGAAGGCCGCCGUGGAUGGCUUCAGGCAUGUCGAGGUGCAGAUUAUUGGGGAUGGAAAAGGCGGAGUCACGCAUCUCUGGGAGCGCGAGUGCAGUAUACAGAGGCGGUAUCAGAAGAUUGUGGAAUUGGCGCCGAGUGUGGUGACGGAUAGGAAGCUGAUAGGAAGAGUGAUUGGUGAUGCGUUGAAGAUGGCGAGACAUAUAUCCUAUUUCUCCUUGGGCACAUUCGAGUUUCUCGUCAACCCGACCACGAAGGAGUACUACUUCCUGGAAAUAAACCCCCGUCUGCAAGUCGAGCACACAAUCACCGAAUCCAUCGCCUCCACCGACAUUGUCAAAGCCCAACUCCUCCUCUCCCAAGGAGCAGAUGUUUCCAACUGUGGUCUUCCCCGGAGCGCAAGAAACCCGGAAGUGCCUCCUCCAACACACUCCAUUCAGCUCCGCAUAACUGCCGAGAAUGUGCAGAGCAACUGGUCUCUGUCAAUCGGGAAAAUCACAUCUUUCCAGUUCCCUACGGGGAACGGGGUCCGCGUGGAUACCCAUCUCAUCAACGGACACGCCGCAGUUGUUUCCGCGGACUUCGACAGCUUGAUUGCGAAGCUCAUCAUCACUGCCUCCUCAUGGGAAGACGUCGUACGGAAAUCCCAGCGCGCGCUCGCUGACACGACAAUCACGGGGGUGAAAACCAACCUCGAUGUUCUCCGCGCCAUCGUCGCACAUCCAGACUUCCUCGCCGGACAGUGCGAUACCCAAUGGCUAGAGACUAACCAGCGCGAGCUUCUCGCCACCGGCCUACAAAUCACCGAACAGACGACGAACAGACUUUCAGCCCUUGGCCUUGAGACCACAGGCUCCUCCUCCGGCCCUUCUCUAACCAACGUAAACACGAUGUUCCGCAAGGGCGACGCCUGGUCACUCACGCUCGAUACGCCAAACAAGAAGCCCGGCAGUGGGCACAAGCCGCUGCCGCACCAUAUAGAAAUCACUCGAGUUCUGCGCAACGAGUUCCCCAUUUCCAUCUCUGCCGACGUGCUAUUCACAUCUCCUGCUAGCGGCAGCUCGGCACGCCCGCAAACUACGCCCUACACCAUCACUCUCACAAGUACAUCGUCCAGCGCUGCGGCGGCGACGUCGCAUCACCGCCACGGCAACCCGGCGGAUCCCUCACACGUUUGUAUUCCCUUUCCGGGCAAGCUGGUCGAGGUGCUCGUGGAUGAGGGCGAUGUGGUGAAGGAGGGAGAUGUCAUUUGCGUAGUGCAGCAGAUGAAGAUGGAACUAGAGGUGCGGAGUCCGAGGAGUGGGAGAAUAGGAUGGGUGAUGGAGGUCGAGGAUGGCGAUGAGGUAGCUGAGGGGAUGUUGGCGGUGGUUGUGGAGGGGGAGAGGGAGGCUAAGUUAUGAUGUUUCGAAGGGGAUGGUCCUAUUGGGAUUAUCGGAUAAUGUGCUUUGGAUGAUUAGGGGGCCAUUGGUAGUUGGUUAUACUGGGCCUUGUGAUAGAGUUUGAGUUGUCAAGCUAAGGCUGAGCUUCCUCAUACUGCGGCUUUCCACGUCCGACUGAAUAUCCGGCUGCGAUUCCUCUGUAGGUGGAAUUACCUACCUAGCACAAGCUAACUAGCUACUACUUAAUAACGCAAAAGGUAGAAUUCUCUUUCUAAAUAUACUACUAUACGUAGAGG